AUGACUUGGCUGGAACACCAUGCUAAAUCACUCGAACUCAACCGGUCUAUGAAACAUACCUCACGGAGUGAUGCGAAACCUAAGCCAGAGCGCCGUAGCAAUCCUCAACCAAUUUUAGCAGUACAAGGCGUAAAACCACAAGUGACCUUUAGAGACCAACGGGAACGGUCGCCCGCCCGUAAAUUAAUUAUUAAGGGUCGCUCAUCAGCACAACAGCAACGACGGGAACUCGGCAGAGCGCGCAGCCCGUCCCCUCAUCCAGAACAUCGCAGCAGGUCUCCUAGCCCAGCCUACAAUCGUAAAACACCCGGACAAUGGACGAUGUCCCCUCGAACAACAACGAAGACAUGCGCCGCUUGCCAAAGCACCGCUCAUCUCAUUCAACACUGUCCCGAAUUUACUGCUUACUCGGUCAGUGCUAGGAAGGAUUGGAUUCGUAGCAAUAAUCGCUGCUACAACUGUCUUGGAAAUCAUCCCGUUAAGGAAUGCACGUCCAAGUUCACAUGUUCUAAAUGCCAGAGACGGCAUCAUACCUUGAUUCAUACGGACCCAACCGUCAGUCACAUCCUCAUGCAUAGCAAACUGAACCGAACUGCUACAACCGACGAUGGAGAACGUGGAAUCUAUCCCACGGAACUGGUUACACCGACCAACGGUCAACACCAGGCCAUCGAUUUGGUUCGUUGCUUAUUGGAUUCUGGAGCUGACCAAUGUUUUAUCAGUUCCGCUGCUGCUCGUCGUGCCGGCCUCAGUAUCAUUGGAAAACCCAGGAAUUUUACAGUGGCUGGUGGACGCUCCACCUCCUCUCUUGGAUACGUGACUAUCCACUUACGGACUAGAUUUCAUGCUCAAGCCAAGGAGUUUCGCAUAAUCGCAUGUGUCCUGUCCCAGUUAACAAGCACCACUCCUUUAGAACCUUUUGACACAGACAAAUGGGAUCACCUCAAAGGGUUACCAUUAGCUGAUCCGGAUUACAAUAAUCCGGAUGAAAUCGAUAUUCUGCUCGGAACAUCCUUUGUUGAUAAAAUCAUGCGUGGCAGAAAAAUCGAAGGGGAAGAAGGCACACCUAGCGCCUAUCUGACCGAAUUCGGAUAUGUCAUUCAGGGCAGUAUGACAGUGCCGUCUGAAGGUUGUAUAACCCACCUCAACACCACUCGAACUGUUCAAAGGGAGCUCGAAGAGAACCGACUCCCACACAACUCCACCAAGGAGUCUAGGCAUAUUCCACCGCAUCAGCGACCUACGGACGCGCCCCCCGACUUUCACCUUCAGCGAUUUUGGGAAACAGAGGAACCUCCAAUUCAGGUUCCCCUUACUCCGAUGGAUGAAUUUUGCGAAGACCAUUAUCAGACCACCACUGUUCGGCUACCCAAUGGUCAAUAUCAAAUUCGAUGGCCAUUCAUCGCUGAACCAGAAUUACUGGGUAGUUCAUAUCAAAUGGCUCACAGCCGUUGGCUAAGCAUGGAACGAAGGCUCGCCACGGACCCCGCACUGUCCCAAGAUUAUCAUAAACAAUUUGAGGACCUCAUUCAGUCGGGUCAAUUAGAACCCAUUCCCGCUGACGAGUUCUAUAAAAGGCCUCACUUCUGGACACCCCAUCACUGCGUAUUUAAACCCUCAUCCACAACCACUAAAAUGAGGAUAGUGUUCGACGCCUCGGCAAAAACUUCGUCCGGCAAGAGUCUUAACUCCAUCCUCGCUCCGGGUCCUGAAUUGCAGGAUUCUUUGUUUAGUCACUUAUUGCGUUUCCGGUUCCGUGCUAUAGCAUUUACCGCCGACAUCGCAAAAAUGUACAAUCAGAUAUUGGUUCAUCCGAUUGAUCGGGAUUUUUCACGGGUUAUCUAUCGUCGAGAUCCUUCAGGACCAGUAUGUCACUAUCGGAUUACAUCGAUUCCGUUUGGUACGACACCGGCCCCGUACGUAGCCAAGCGAACGUUACGGCAACUCGCGGAAGAUGAAAAACACAACCUCCCUAUGGCCUCCCGAGUGCUAAAGAAGGCACUUUUUAUGGAUGAUCUUAUUCAUAGUGUAGACACGGCCAGAGACGCUAUUCUCUUGAGGCGCGAACUAAUUACGAUCCUAGUAUUAGCCAAGAUGACUCUCAGGAAAUGGUCAUCGAAUUCUCCAGAACUAUUAUCCACACUUCCUGAGGAUAUGCGGGAAACUCAACUCCCUCUGAAUUUCGAUGUCACCGCCACAGUGGGUACUCUUGGGCUAACCUGGCACCCUGCCACGGAUAACUUCCAAUAUAAGGUCACCUUAACGCCGAGGACUGUCCACACCAAACGCAGCGUGCUUUCGGACAUAUCUAAAAUCUUUGAUCCAUUGGGCCUGCUCGCCCCAAUCAUAGUCACCGCAAAAAUAUUUAUGCAAAAAAUAUGGGCACACGAAUUAGGAUGGGACGACGCAUUGCCCGAUCAUCUUCAUGAACAAUGGAUGCAAUACUCCAACACGCUGCCCGACGUGGAGAACAUUCGUAUUCCACGAUGGCUAGGAUUCGCCUACCCUCCUUACGACGUGGCUGGGAAAUCAACUCCAUCACAUGCGGAAUUGCACGGGUUCUGUGACGCUAGUGAAAAUGCAUUUGCUGCAGCGAUUUAUUUACGCACCGAACACCCAGACCAUGGCAUCAACGUCAGAUUAGUAGCUUCCAAAUCACGAGUUGCCCCCCUCAAAACAUCCACUAUUCCACGCCUGGAAUUACAAGGCGCCGUCUUAUUGACAGAAUUAAUGGUUCAUCUGAAAAAGGAAUACAAGAUGGGUGGUCACUCGAUUUAUUAUUGGACUGACUCGACCAUUGUUCUUCAUUGGCUGAAUUCUCACCCAUCGAAAUGGAAGAUAUUUGUCGCACAUCGAGUAGCGCAGAUAUAG